AUGGGUCGUAGAGUACCAAGUGAGGAAGAUUCAACCAAAAUAGUGAAUUAUGAAGAACCACCUUUUCAACGUUGCAGAAGAGAAAUUUGCUUACUUUCUUCCUUCUCAUCUCCUGGAUUGGGAUCGAUGAUGAUCGUUUACUUCACUUUUGCUGAUGGUAAACAACUCAGCAGAAUUCUCUAUACUCAUGAUAUUCAUUAUGGAUUCAUGGAUAUACAUUCUAUUACCAAUCGUAUAACAAGUAUCAGUUCUCAAAUCUAUGAAGACUUACCUCUGAGCCACCAUUUGGAGCAUGGUUAAUGAAAUGGAAUAGUGCUUAACCAAAGCACAAACUUAAGUAUUUCCCAUAUGGCUUCCAAUAUUUUGGAAAAUAAUUUUUUUGGUCAUUAAUAAAAGAAUACAGAACUAUUUCUCAGAUGAUGAGAGAAUUUAUUCCUCGUUCAUGGAUUCAGUACUCAAAAUUGGAGAAAAACUGAUCUGGCUUACAUAUAUGACAGCUAAUGGUGAUCUAUCCACUCUGCUACCAAAUUAUUUCACUUGUGUUUUGCCAAAUUUUCUCUGAGGCAAUAUCCUCAUGGCCAGAAGAUUUUUAUUUGGACCUUGUCAAGUGGGAACAUAUUCUAUUAUGUUUCCUAUUGAUUACAGUGCUUUAUAGCCACCAGAUGCCUUAGAACAAUUCAGUCCUCAAAGAAAAGUACAGACAUUCUGUGUGUUGUUUGAAGUAGUAUUUGAAUUCGAUAAUAAAUAUUAAUUCAAAAAGCAGACUCUAUAUAUUUUGUACCUGAAACAUUUGUUUGGAGCUUCUUAAUUGUACAAUUAAUUUGAGAGAGUCCAAUCUGUAUAAAAAAUACAAUCGAUCUAUAUAUUUGGAAAAAGUGAUAUGUCUCACACGUUUUAAACGAAAUUAUCUUACACAUUUUAGUAAUGUGGGUUUGUUCACUUUCAGACAAAGAACAGUGAAAAUGUUCUGAUUAUAGCAUCAAUUUAUGUGAGUAUUACUACAUCAUGUUGGAAAAUUUGAAAAUGCAUAUUGUAAGAUUGUCAUAAAGUUCAAAUUAUAUAUAUCAGAUGUUUCAGUGAAUAUUCUGCCAAUAUUUGGGAUUCAUAUUUAAUGUAACAUGUUGCGCAGGGCAGAAGCAAAGUCCUCUCCCCUAUAUUUUCAAUUACAGUUAACUAUUUAAUUUUCAAUUUAUUUUUUAACUAUUAAUGAGAAACGACACAUUAGUAGACCAAACCUAUCCAUUAAUAUGCUUGAUGCAGUAAUGAUGGCACUGUUAUAUGCAAGCAGAGCUGUAGCUCCCUUCCAAAAACAGAAUUCAUGAUCGUAAGAAAAAGUAUGCAAAACAAUGAAUAAUGUUAUUAUUCUCAUCACAGAUUUCAAGACUUGCUGGACUUCUCAAUCUUACUAUGCAGCCAGACUCAUUGCAUCCAAUGACAAUGCUGACCAAUCCUCUUAUGCAUCAGCAAUACAAAAAUUGAUACCAUAGAAGGUGAUCGGUUAAACAGACUCAGUACCGUGUCACCAUUACCAUAUCAUUGGUGGUGACAUAUUUAAUCCAUGUGGAAUAGUUUCCAAUUUUUAACUGACAUACAAUAAUUCAAAUAACUGCAGCAUAAACUGACCUUUUUUAAAUCUAUCACAUAACCAUGGUAACUUCUGUAAAAACUAUGAGUACGGGCUUCAGUAAAACCCUACAGUGAAGCUUUUUUGGCCAAACUAAAAAAUACGUGAAGAUUUAAAUAACAUUUAAAUGAACUUCUUUAGAUCUCCGCAACUUUACUAUGCCAGAGAUGGUCGGGUGUGGUAUGUACGACUAUUAAAUAUUUUAACAUUGCAACUUUCCAUUAUGUCUUGACAUUUUACAUUCAUGUGCAUAACUACUUGCAUCAUGAAAAUCAUGAUUAUAAUGUGGAUAUAAUACCUGAACAAAGCAAGAUGUUGAUCUUAAUGGAUUUUUUUGGCUCUUGAGUACAUGUGUUACCAAAUAUCAAACUCCCCAUGCAAGGCAUGUAUAUGCAAUCUCUCUGAUUCCAGAUAGACUUAGCUCCAUGCAUAAGUACAGGAAACAAUUAAAAUUAAUUAGUAAGGAUGAAAUUUUCAAAAAUUUAAAACAAAUUUCUAGACAUUUUUGUAUAUCUUCCUCAUCAUUUUGGGAACAAAAGAAAAUUCUUCUCAGAUAGCUCCCUUCAAUAGUUACUAGAGACAAUAUAUUUAAUGGCAAUCAUUUCUGAAACAGUCUGUUUAUGAAUUAUACAGUUUACGUGAAGUAGGAAAUGAUAUCAACAACAUUUAUCACAUUAAUUUCUUAACAUUUAAUUAACUUUAUUUCAUUGUCAGUUUCUUGUACCUUCCAUUUUCUAAGCAUUGAUUCAUCUUUAUGAAAUUAUUUUGUUCAUAGUAUUUUAAUUUAUUAAUUAGUUUUUAACUGCACAAUAAACAGCUAUUAAAAUAAAAUAUAUUCAUUUUCAUGUGAAAAAAUAUUUAAAUAUUUGUAUUUUUGAUGAAUUAUGAGUGAACAAAAAAUAUAAAUCAUAUAACAAAUAUUGGGAACCAAUAUUGAUAAAGGAUAAAAUAGAAACUCUGUAUUUGAAUUACUUGAAUUGGUAUAACAGGUAUGUGUUUUAACAUAGUAGAGAACGCUAAAAUUGUAAACUUUUCAUGGUGCAAAGUAUAAACUUUUAAAAAGGAUUAAACAUUUUUCUGUGCUCAAUAUACGUCUGUUUAAUUUGCUUUUUAUCAAAAUACUUUAUAUAUUUAAGGAAGUUAUUAAGUAUUUGUAUUAUUAAUACGACAAAAUAGACACAUUUCAUAUCUUUUCAAUCUUCUUUUAAAUUAUAUUAUAUAUGAACGUAACUGUUACAAUGUAUUAAACAGUUAUAACACAGUAAGGUGUAUUCAUUAAUACGUAGAAUCUACAGAAUGUAUUUUAUAAACAAUGAUUGUGUUUUACAUAUUGCGUUUAAGGUGAAUAUUUUUAACAGCAACAAAUAGUAUCUGUAUUCUGCAUUAAAAGAACAAUACGUUAAAAACAUGAAAUUAAACUAAUUGUUUAGUUAUUCAUUUCCACUGCCACGUAACAAUUUAUUUGUUUUUAUCUUUAAGAAGGUCAUCUAUUAUUCAAUGUUAGGGAUUUUCUUUCUUGUGAAACGGUCUCAGUGUUAACAAUAAAACAUAAGACACAGCUUCACAGCAUAAGAAGAAUCCCCUAACAUGUGAUAAUAGAUGAACC